GGCCUCCCCCGCGUGCCCGAGGAGUGAGAGUGCCGCGGUGCCAGAGUGCCAGCAGUGCCUUUGAGGUUUGAGAAGAGAGCGUGCGUUCGUGUGUGUAUCUGUCGGUGUCCUUGUUCUCUUGUUUUCUCUCUCUCUCGUUCCUCUUCUCUCUCUUUUUCUCUCUCAAUCAGCAACCACGCGUGCAAGUGUGGCGGAAAGAAGAAAGAGGAGAGAGAGGGGAAAGAUGAAAAGAAAUUGACAGCAAAAUAGAUUUGAAAAUGAGUGCAAGUGCGGAGAAUCUGGACAACACGAACACGUGAAAAUCUGUAGAUAAGGAAACAUGCGAUAAACGGCUAAAACCGAUCUGUUUAUAACAAGAAGGACCCAACCACAUCGAGGGAGAAACGUUACGCCAAAGGAACCAUGACGGGCGCGGGCAGCGGCGGCGCCGGCGGGGGACCGUCGCGCUUCCUCGGGGGCCCCGGAGGCCUCGGCGGGGUCCGGGGGGACCUGCGCAGCGCCCCCCAGGGCACCACCAUCCAGUGCGGGCCCCACCAGUACCGCCUCGGCCUCUACGGCUGGAGGCGCCGGUGCCUGUACGGCCUGGUGCUCGUGCUGCUCGUGAUGGUGAUCCUCAACCUCGCCCUCACGCUCUUCAUCCUGAGGGUCCUCGACGUCAGCACGACGUCGCACGUGACGGCGCCCAUCAGCGAGUCCCUCCUGCUGGAGUCCAUGACGCGGAGCCUGGAGGUGACGGCGCCGCAGGGGGUGGCGCUGGAGUCGCGGGCGGGCAACAUCACCGCCUCCAGCCUGCGCGACUUCACGCUGCAGUCCACAGGCGGCGUGAUAAAAUUCGACACGCCGAACAUCUUCGUGCGCGGCCUAAGGACUUCCACCAUCAGGACAACGGAUUCGAGCGAGGCUUUGCCUGAUGUUUACCAGGUGUGUGUGUGCAGCAGCGGUCGGCUGUUCCUAGCGAAGCCCGGAGGCGUUUGCGCGGCAGACAACAAAUUUUGCAAAUAACUCUUCAUUUAGUUAUCUGUUUGUCUCUUGUUUCGUCAUUUUUCUUUUCUUUUUCUUUUCUUUUUCACUUGAGAAGUCUAUUUGAGAUUUUUUAUAGCAUUGUCUUGAAAUUUGCUUGUUUAGCUGUUUGUAUGUGUAUAUUCAGUGAAUAAAAUGUAAAAAUCUG